AUGAACAGAUGGACAGACAGGUUGAUAGAUAGAUAGAUAGAUAGCCAGAUAAAUAGAUAGAUAGAUAGAUAGAUAGAUAGAUAGAUAGAUAGAUAGAUAGAUAGAUAUGCAUUUACUAUAUAAACAAUGCUAUUCAAGUGAUAAGAAUAUGGUACUAUAAAUAUAUAACGAUACGGUGAUUUAUUAGCUGUAAUAAUUACGUUGAGUAAAAUGGCGCUGUUCCGUUGAGGGCUCGUGCCCUUGCUCUUAUGCCUGGGAAACCCCGUGUGCGAGCUGCCAACGCCCGGCGCAGAGAAACAAACAGAACGGAAUACGUAACACUUGUGUAUAGAGACAUUACGGAAAAAAACUGAAGUGUGGAAGAAGGCAGUUGCAGCACGCAAACCCAAGAAUAUUACUGAACUGGAGGCCAUUGCUCAUGAGGAAUGGGAUAAGAUUCCUCAGAAACGCUGCCAGAAACUCUACAUCUUGUUUCCAGCAGAUCUUGAAUGAGAAGAGUGGACUGUUAAACACAAACAAAGCACAGUUAUGCAGACGAUCAAGUGCGUUGUGGUUGGCGAUGGUGCCGUUGGUAAAACCUGCCUAUUAAUCUCCUACACAACUAACAAAUUCCCCUCUGAAUAUGUACCAACGGUCUUCGAUAACUAUGCAGUUACGGUUAUGAUCGGUGGAGAACCGUACACCCUGGGACUGUUUGACACUGCAGGUCAGGAAGACUACGAUAGAUUACGGCCUCUGAGUUACCCCCAAACAGAUGUCUUCUUAGUCUGUUUCUCUGUCGUUUCCCCUUCUUCGUUCGAAAACGUCAAAGAAAAGUGGGUACCCGAGAUCACCCACCACUGUCCAAAGACCCCCUUCCUGCUCGUUGGUACGCAGAUCGAUCUGAGAGACGACCCGUCCACCAUCGAGAAGCUCGCGAAGAACAAACAGAAGCCGAUCACUCCGGAGACGGCCGAGAAGCUGGCCCGGGACCUGAAGGCCGUCAAGUAUGUUGAGUGCUCCGCUCUCACGCAGAAAGGCCUAAAGAAUGUAUUUGAUGAGGCGAUUUUGGCAGCCCUGGAACCCCCUGAGCCCAAGAAGAAGCGUAAAUGCGUGCUGCUAUGAGCGCCCUUUUCGUUCUCUCUCCCCUCCUUUCCUCCGCUAAGGCUGGCCAAUGGCUUUGUACUCUUAAAAAGCAAUGCCUAAGAAAAAAAAAAGGAAGUGAGUUAAAACAUUUUUUUGCUCUGCAAUAAAUAUAAUCUAAAGAAUACCCUGCACACACGCGCACACACACACACACACACACACACACACACACACACACACACACACACACACACAGAGGGCUUGAAUCAGUUUAUUGAGCUCCCUAUCAUCAUACCACAGAUUAAUCUAGAUUUACAUUUUAAACGUGUUACUUCACGGUGAACCAUAGAGAUGUGGAAUUUUUUUUUGUCAUUUAACCAAGUUUUUACUGGCUAAUAGUUCACCGACACGUGGGGCGGAGACGGUUAUUAGCACGUACUAGAGAUGUACGCUAGCAGCUCCGCAAAUUCUCCCGUGUAGUCGGAGUUAAACGUCUAACCUCUAAUUUUACACUAGAACGUCACCAGAAGUGCUUGGAGAAAAUAAUAAAACUUUAAAAAAAAAAAAAAAAAAAAAGAUCCUCUUUCUUUGCCAAUAUCCCCACGUCGUAGGAGGUUUGAAAGAGUAACCAUGUAAAUAAGAGCGGAUUAUAAUAAAGGACUCGUCACACAGAAUCGGGUUUUCUCACGGAGGGAACUUUUAACAGUGUUAGCAGAACAAGCGGCACGUCCUACUGUAUUGCCACGGACCAUGGAAGCGUUUUUUUUUUUUUGAUUGUUUGUUUUUCUUCAGAAAACUUGUAAUGCAUGGAGGUGAGCGCCUCUGGUUUCCUUUACAUAGGUUAACUACUUCUAUCAUGAAUUAAUUAAUUAAUAAUAACGUAAGCUGACAUGUUGUAGGCUCCACUUGUUUUUACCAAAAUGUUGUUUUUUUUUCCCCCCACCUUUUUUUCCCCCCCUUUGUUCCCUUUUCCUUAUUGCUUGUCACUGUUUUGUUUUCAUCAUAUACGGGCCGGAUCCCAGCGAAACUCUGAUCCAUCUCUUUAUUUAAUGGGCGAAAAACAAACAUUAGUGAUGAUCAUGAUAAUAGUGCUAACUUAAAGGCACCGUGUUUACUGUUGUGUAAAAGUUGCCCAGGUGGAUCAAGGUUGAUCUGAUUUCCUGUCGUUUAUCACCCGUUUUGUUAUGUGUUCAUUUCAGUGUAAGACCAAAUGCUAUGUAUGAAGUCUGUCCUUUGUACUGUAUAUGCAUUCUUUUAAAGUUUAUUAAACUUGUACCUUAAUUGCC